ACAGAGAUAUCGAAGAAGAAUGACCCUUUUGCUCCUGGUGGAACAACCGUUACUACAUCAAAUGAUCUCGCGACGGACCCCUUUACCUCUCUGUUUGGAAAUGAAUCCUUUGGAAGUGGCUUUGCUGACUUCAGCAUGCUGUCAAAGGCCAACAACGAGGAUCCCUUCAGCUCUUCCACAUCAGGUUCUGUCAACAACGUGAUCAUAACUAAGAACUUAUUUGAGGAACCACCAGCUAAAAAUGAGGAUGUUCCUCCUGCGUUGCCCCCUAAAACAGGAACACCCACAAGGCCCUGCCCACCACCACCUGGGAAAAGACCUAUCAAUCAAAUAGACUCUUCAGAUUCCUUUAAACCGAGCGAUCCAUUUCAGCCCUUCCCCACCCCAGACAUUCCCAAAGAACGAGAAGCAGAUCUAUUCUGUGAUCCAUUUGCUCCCACCAGCAUCAGUAAAGAGGCUGACCCCAACAAUUUUGCAAACUUCAGUACUUAUUCUACUGAGGAAGACAUGAUUGAAUGGGCUAAGAGGGAAAGUGAAAGAGAAGAGAAGGAAAGAUUGGCAAGACUAAACCAGCAAGAGCAAGAAGACUUGGAACUGGCUAUUGCACUCAGUAAAUCUGAAAUAUCAGAGGCAUGAAGUUUAGAAUAAGAUUUUUGUCUUAUGUCAACUGUUUGUCCCUUUUCCUGAAUACCUAACCUAUUUAAAUGUUAAUCAGAAAAUACAUAUAUACAAGAAACUAUGAAAGGUUUUAAGUUUUUGAAAGUUGGUGUGAAUGUUUCUGCUAAAUUCAACCCUUUUGGUUAUGGUUUGAAUAACUAUCAAGUUUAGCAUUCAAUUUCUCUCAUGUUUUCAGGUGAAUAAAGUACUUUUCCCAGCUGUAAGCAAAUGCAGAAAAAAAAUGCAGAUAGCGAGAUUGUCGUUUGACUGUAAUCUGCCAGCAGUUGGUAACUGAGCAUAAAGUGAACAUAGCAAUUAUUCUGCCAUGGCUGACUGUCUCCCAUCAAGCAGUUAGUCAUUUGAAACCUUUUAUCCUUCUAAAGCAAUCUUAGUAAUGCCAGAGUUGUGGAGUGCUUUAUUUUAUAUGUAAGCAGGUAGAUUGUUGUCUUCAUUGGAGAUUCUGCUUGUGGAUUUGAAAUAACAAUCUUCAUGGAGUCCAAGUCAGAAAGAGUUUGUCUUUCUGAAACUUUUAAUGUUUUUUGCAUGGUCAUAGGUUUUAAGACGGACCUGUUGUUUUGUUUUAUAAAGCAGUUAAGUUGGAAGAUUCGUGUGCGUUUGCUGUUGGCCAAGAUGACUGUCAAAUUAUGAGACCCCACAGCUAUUCCAGCCACGUUUGCCUGUGAAAUAUGCAGCUGAACUGGCAAGUUAAUAAGUUUGAUUUGAAAUAGGAUUGAGAAUAGAAAGAAAAAACCAGGUAGUCUGAUGUUUAUUUUUGUUUAACCACAGUUGUUUUCUGUAUAUGUAAUUUAUUGAAUGCCAACUGAUAGUUGCACCUUAAACGGAAUGAUUUCUUUAUGGUCACUGAGUCAAAGUAGGAUGGAUAGAAUGUUAAUGAAAAUAACUUAUUGUUCAUCUUGAAAGGACUCUGUUCUGGAGAGUAAGUUUCAUUUAAAUAAUUCCAGAAAGAAUAAUCUUUACCCUGUCUAAGAAAAUUGGAUGGCAGCAGCAUAAACUUCAAGAGAUUGGGUUUUUUUCUUGCACUUUUAACCUGUGGGAUUUCUAUUGAGGAAAUUGAAGUGUUUUCAACACACAGCACUGGGAAGGGAAAGGGGGAGAACUCAGCCAGGCUUCAGUAUAUUUAAGCUCUUCCCAUUACCUGUCAAUGCUGCUGUUGCACGAGUUUGAGGGCAGUUUUCAAUUUUUCAGGAAAAAUGUGUAACCUGACUGGGAUGUUUUUUCUUUUGCACUGGGAAUUGAGCAUUUAAACACCUGCUCAAAAAAAAAAAACAAACCAACACCCACACCUUAAAAUUUUGCAAGUAUUAAAUAGUUAUAACUUGUCUAUACAUCUUUGUAAUGAGUGUACACUAAUCUUGCAAGUCAUAUGCUUAACUGGAUUACAUAGUUUCUUAUCUUUUGUUAAAAAUGUGUACUCAGUGGACCAACACAAUAUUAUAUGUAUAUAUUAUAUAUAUAUUCCUGCUUUCCUUUAUGGAAUUUAAAGUUUUGAGUCAUUUGAUGUUACAUUUCAUGUUACUGACUCUGACUAUAGUACUUUUACUCAGACUACCAACAAACCACUGCUGUGAGCUAAAUGGCAUUACUUUAUGAAGUUUUAACUUUUUUUAAAAAAAAAACAACAAACCUUGUUCAGGUGGGAUUAGCCUCUAUUUAUAGACUUCCCUUUUGUUUAAAAAUUCUAACAAUAGCCUGUAAUUAUGAAGAAAUAAAGUUUAAGUACAUAAGUGUG